AUGAGUAGGGAGAAAGCGAGGCUAAUUGAAUUUCUUUCUUGCAUGCACGAGAAAACCUGUGGCAUGGGUAGAAUGGACAACGGUUGGCUUUAUCGUGGGCUCCAAUUGACUACGGGAGCAACUGCAGGCUGCAGCCUUUCAGAAAGAGUCAAGUCAUCAGUCCCAGAGCGUAGUCUUUCAAACGGAACAAGGGAUAUAGAUCCUACCUCAUACUACGGUCAGGCAGCUUCACGGGCGAGGUCUCUGGUUCAAGUCCAGGAUGGCCCAGCUGGGCCAAAGAAAAGAAUAGAAGAAGCAUCUGACUCCUUCAUGCAUGUUCCACUUGGCUAG